AUGUCCAAGCCCAACCCUCUUGACACAUACUACAUUAGAGAAGCUACUAAGGAAGAUCUCCCCGAGAUUCUGGAAAUCUUCAAUGAGCGCAUUCGCAAUUCAACUAGUCUAUUUAUAUACGAUCCUGUUCCCCUGGAAGAUAGAGAAGCUUGGUUCAAUGAUGCCAAAAAGAAUGGAUAUCCUGUUAUCGUAGCUGUUGAAAAGUCUACCAAUAAAGCAAUUGCAUAUGCUUCAUACGGAGCCUUCAGAGCUAAGAUAGCCUACAUCUUAACUACUGAAAUAUCAUUGUAUAUUCACUUGGAUCAUCAUCGCCGAGGUCUCGGCCGAGUUAUGCUUAAUGAAAUGAUUCGGAUAGCCAAAGAGAUGGGACUUCGCAGUGUUAUUGCGAGCAUCACAUCUGAAAACUCGGCAUCAGUAUCUCUGUUCACCAAUUUUGACUUUAAGCUUGUAGGAACUUUCCAUGAUGUUGGACAAAAGUUUGGUAGACAUUUGGAUGUUGAUUUUUAUGAGCGUAUAUUUGAUACUCCUCCUACUGCUCAUGGCGUUCCACACUUUAACUCUUUCCCCUGGGGUCAUUAUGUUUAUGGUGGAUCCAAAUAA